AUGGCUAUCUAUCUAUCUAUCUCCAUAUAUCUGUGUGUGCGUUUAUUAUUUGUUUGUUCAUCAUCUAUAUAUCUAUAUAUCUGUUCAUUAUCGAUGUGUUUAUUAUCUAUCUAUCUAUCUAUCUAUCUAUCUCUCUCUCUCUCUCCCUCUAUAUAUAUAUAUAUUCACUAUGUAUUUACUCGCUAUCUAUCUACCUAUCUAUUUCUGUAUCUGUUCUUUAUCUACUUCUCUAUUUCUCUCUCCAUCUAUCUAUCUAUCUAUCUAUUCAUUAUCUAUAUAUCUGCUUUUAUCUAUAUUUAUUUGUAUCUAUAUAUCGAAUCUUUCUUCCAACUGCGUGAACCGCCCUGUUAUAUGCAGCCGCAGUCAUGUUCAAAUCUAUCUAAGAAUGUUUACGUCUAUGUCUGUUCGUAUCUAUCUAUCUAUCUAUCUAUCUAUCUAUCUAUCUACAAAUGUUUUACAGUCCUUCUCUGUCGUUUGAUCCCAUUUAUACUGUUCUCGUAUAUUAAAGCAGCUCAUUAUAUCUAUCUAUCUAUCUAUCUUUUACGCGCCAAUAGUACGCUUAAAAAUCUAUCUAUCUAUCUAUCUAUUUUUUCUUUUUUUUCAUGCCUCUUUUUUUUUUUACUAUUUUCCUCCGCCCUUUCUUUCUUUCUUUCUUACGAGCAUAUUUUUUCAUUUUCUCUGCUAAUCUAUCUAUCUAUCUAUCUAUCUAUCUUUUCAGGUACCGUGUAG